CAGGCAGUUUGUCACCUCAGUUCUCUGUUAAAGUUGACUUCUUGAAUUUUGUUUUUCAAAAAUGGACAGUGCUUUUGAUAACCUGGAUGCUGCAGGUUUCCUGGAAAUCUGGCAACACUUUGACGCAGAUGAUAAUGGCUACAUUGAGGGCAAAGAGCUUGAUGAGUUUUUCCGUCACAUGAUGAAGAGGCUGGGUCCACAGGAGAAAGUGACUGAGGAGAGAGUCCAGAGACUGAAGCAGAGGUUUAUGUCUGCCUACGAUGUCACUGCUGAUGGGAAACUACAGAUCCAUGAACUGGCUAAUAUGAUCCUCCCUGAAGAUGAGAACUUCCUGUUGAUCUUCCGUAGAGAAGCUCCUCUGGACAACAGUGUCGACUUCAUGAAGAUCUGGAAGAAGUAUGAUGUUGACUGCAGCGGCUACAUAUCUGCUCAGGAGCUCAAGGCUUUCCUGAAAGACUUGUUCCAGCAGCAUCACAAGGAAGUACCGUCUGACAAACUGGAGGAGUACACAGACACAAUGAUGAAAAUCUUUGACAAAAACAAGGACGGCUGUUUGGAUUUGAAUGACCUGGCCAGGAUCAUGGCUUUAGAAGAAAACUUCCUGCUCCAGUUUAAAAUGGAUGCAUGCAGCAAAGAGGAGAGAAAGAGAGACUUUGACAAGAUAUUUGCCCAUUAUGAUGUUAGUAAGACAGGAGCACUGGAGGGUGCUGAGGUGGACGGAUUUGUCAAAGACAUGAUGGGGCUGGUUAGGCCUAACCUCACGGGCCCUGAGCUGGAUAAACUGCGGGUUGUUCUGCUGCGCCACUGUGACGUCAACAAGGAUGGAAAGAUUCAGAAAAAUGAGCUGGCUCUGUGUCUGGGAGUCAAACCUAAACUCAGUUAAAGGGUUGUCAUAUCAUAGUAUGAGUCAAUGAUUGUAUUUGUUGUUUGGCUGAUAGUAAGUUUGGAUUUAGACCAACAUUCAUAAGGAUUGUAUGAUCCUGAAUAUGAUUGAAACACAAUAAGACAGUGUGAUACAAGUAGUAACAACUGUGUUUACUGCAUGUGGUAUUCUGAUAGAAUGAAAAGAAAUAUUAAUUGUAUUUUUUUGUUAAAAUGGCUGCCUGUGCUGUAAGUUUGUGACAUAUUUAUCAGUCUGCGAUCACUGAAGUUUAAAGAUUGAAAUAUGAAAUGUUUUACGUGUGAUUUUAGAUUUUUUUCAGGAACGUUGCUGAUUAAGUUUGUUACAUUUAAUACUGACAUGUAUCUGCAUGAUUCUCUGCCAAGUGUGCUGUGUCCUGUUAUAACUGGAAUAGUAUGGGUUAAUGAGGGAAAUAAAACA